CUCUUAAACUGAAAAAAAAUGACAAAGAGCUUCAUUAUCUUGAUCCUGGCUUUACUUCUGCUAUCGACUGCAAAAGCCAGGCCUCUUCCGCAACAAGCUGAUGAUCUUCAGAAUCUACCAUUUUCUUCAACAGAAUCGAUGAGUUUCAUUGAUGGGGAGUGCGGAGGUUUAAACGAUGAAGAAUGUAUGAUUAGAAGAUCAUUGGCUGCUCAUACGGAUUAUAUUUAUACACAAGAAAAUGAUGCCCCGUGAUAUUUUUUUCUG